AUGAAGUCGUUUGCUACCUCUCUUGCGCUCGCCGCGCUCGUUGCCAGCACCACCAUGGUCUCAGCUUCCGGUCUGGAGCAUUCCAACAUGGUCGAUGUGGUUCGUCGAAACAAGCACCACAAGCACGCCGCUCACGGCAGUUGCUCGUCGUCCAACCACUCCAAGGCUCACCACAAGGCUAAGAAGGUCGCGUCCGACUUGAAGGCACCCUCGUCGUCGUCUACGUCUCAGUCCGAAUCGAGCGCGCAGUCCGACUCCAACUCUUCCUCCUCCUCCUCGUCUUCGAGCAGCAGUGCGGCGCACGGCAAGACCUCUGGAGGCAAGAUGGGACUGUGCUGGGCCAACUCCAACGGCAUGCCCAUCAACAAUUUCGACUUUGGCUCUGUCUCGUGGUUCUACUCGUGGGACGCUACCCCGGGCUGGGAUGCCGCGCCCGUCGACAAACUCAUGUACUGCCCCAUGCUCUGGGGCCACAAGAACACCGCAUCGUUCAAGAAGAACGUCCUCGACAACCUCGACUCCAAGUUCAACCAACACAAGUGCGCCAUGGCCAUGAACGAAGUCAACCAGAAAGGUCAAUCCGACAUGAGCCCCCAGGACGGCUGCAAGCUCAUCGAAGAGUAUCUCCUCCCGCUCAAGGAGAAGGGCUGGUACCUCAUGGGUCCCUCCACUACCAACGCCCCCGAUGGCAAAACAUGGUAUCAAAAUUUCAAGAAGACCUGCCCCGACACCUUUGACAAGCUCGACUCCAUCGCCAUCCACUACUACGGCACUUCCGCCUCUGACUUCAAGCAAUAUCUCCAAGACUGGCGUAAGACUUUCGGCAAGGACAUCUGGGUUACGGAGUUCUCUUGCCAAAAUUUUUCAGAUGGCCCCCAAUGCGACAAGGAGAAGACGACAGCGUUUGCCAACGAGGUCGCUACGUUCAUGAACGGGCAGGAGUGGGUGAAGGGAUGGGCACCCUUUGCUGUCAUCCAGAACCUCCAGGGCGUCAGCGAAAGUCAGCGUCUGUCUAACGGCAACAACCCCACGUCACUGUUCCACUUGUACGCCAAUGCGAACUAA